UGAAAGAGAAGCUUGACUUUACUAAAAGUUUUGUCAGAAAUUUCGAAUAUUUGAAUAAAUCUGGUCAUAAAGAUGCAAAUAAUAAAUUAUUACACAGUGAUGAGAAGCGGCAGUUAGUGAAGUCUAAGGCGAAUUGGUAUAUGAAACUGUGCUCUAGUCAGAAAAUGAACUCGAUUAAUCGAAUAACAAAAUCUCCUGGAAGCCAACAGAAGAGAAAGUCUGCUUAUUCUUCUGUUGCAUCAAAACCUAAGAGUAUGAGCAUGCAAACAGGGAAUAUAUCCCAUACUAGCAAGUCUAAGAGCAAGAUAAAUCAGAUUCCGACUUCAUGUUUCCUGAAAUUCCCAAAGAAAAGCAUUGGUCCAUCGAAAGUAAGGUUCUAUGAUGGAAAGGCAGAACAAAGGUUGCAAUGAACAUCAACUGUGGUCCCUCCAAAAUAAAACUAUUGUAAAUGAAAGCACUGCUAAAUCGAGUAAGAAAGACAUUAGUAAUUGGACAACUAAGAAUAACGACUAUAUUGAAAUAAAAAAUACUCAAGGGCUAGACAUUAAACCUGAAAUUUCUCUGAAAAAUGCUUCAUUAAAGUCAUUUAUCAAAUCAACACCUAGCGGAGAUUUGACUACAAAAGUGAGCACUACUACAAAGAUACAGCAAAUUGAUUUACUGACGAAAUAAGGUCAAAAAAGUGAUGAAAAGGAGGUCCAAGACUGGGCUCAGCACCCCUAAAAGCUGAAGAAUUGACUUAUGAAAAGACUCCCAAAAAGAAGAGAAUGCUGUGAAGAAUGUUAAUUUUAAAACCAAUGAUGUUGAAAAAGAUGUUAUUAAUUCGAUUACCUACACAAAUAGAAGCAAGGCCUCGCUGCAUCAUUCAAAGAUGGCGAGCCACAAUCUCAAAAGCAGUGAAAGCUUCAAGAACUUUGCAAGAGUGAAGGCGCCUAAGAAGCUCACUCAGGAAGGCUUCUCUGGUAGAAACCUGAGAUAUGCCUCUUCAACGGAUAGUAACAAUUUUUUAGAAAAUACAAAGUCAAUGCUGGUCAGGAAUACCACUAAAUUUGUGAAGGAAGAAGGACGAUUUACUAGCAAGAGAAAGUCUAGCUUUAUUAACAGAAAGCAGUAUGGAAUUUGUAACAAAUUGACUGAUAAGAGCUCAAGUAAGCUGUUAGAGACCCCUAACAGUCAGAGGCACACUCGGGGUAUUAAUGGUCAUAAUUCAACUAUGAAAAAGUCAAACCAAUUAUUUAAAGAAAUGAUUCAUGAAUUCUCUGAAAAAAAAGAUCUAACAAAUUAUUGCAACAGGACAUUGAAGAAACUUCAGCUCUCACAGAACAAAAAGUGGAUGCAUAUGAUAAAGAAUGGUACUAUUCAUAGCGAAAGAGUUCGAUCAUUCUCUGCGGUCAGAAUUAGCCACAGCUCGAAUAAUCCUAAUGUCCCGCUAAAACAGAUUUUCGUUGAUCGAACCAAAAUCAAUAUAAAAACUGACGAUUAUAUGGAUGACAGGAGCCUUAAAAUAGUUUCACAAGAAAAAUCUCCAAUGGAGCAGAGUGGCUCUGAAAAUCCCAAUCCAAAAGCUAUGAACUCUCCUGCAAUCAAAAUUAAUGAUAUCUUUGAGACCUUUGACGAAAACACCAAGCCAUCAUGGCAACUAGAGAGUAUGAAAAUGUUCGAAGUGGGAAAUUCGAUCGAGGAAUGCUCAAGCCAGUUAUUAAACCUUGAGGUCAGGAAUGAUACGGUUUCAUCUGGAACUUUAGAACUCUCUAUCCCAAAUGAGUAUCCUGACUCAGGGACUUUCAAAUCCUCUCUUAAAUUAUUUGGACCCCAGAAAUGUGAGCCUAUAGAGAACCAGAAGUCAAAGAGCCUAGUGAAUGCAGGCAAUGUGAACAAUAGAGUAGUAGGUCUGAUCCCAAAAACCAUUAAAGCUAAAAUAAAUAUCAAAUAA